UAAACACAGUUAUUUAUAAUUGUUGGUCUAUGUUAUAGAUGUAUGUAGUAAUGUUUAAUAACCCGUAUUGUUCGAAAUCAUUUAAUAACGGAAAAUAAAAGGCCGGUUGGGAGGCGUGGUUGCUAUAUAAGUUCCGUGCAACAACAAUCUUUUGGCUUUCCGUGAACGGAGGUGCCUUGAGAUUGGAUUAGAUUGCUUGCGCGAAUAAUUAUGCGCAUUGCAGAAAUGCAAGAAGAAAUUUGUUGUUUACGACGUUUGUGGUACCCUUAGUGGUAUUGUAUUACAUCUUAGUGGUUACGUAUAAGCACUACGUGUUUAUGUCUGUAGUAACGCGAAAAGGAUAAUUCUAAUAUGUCGGCGAAUAACACAAAGUUCUCCACAUCCGAACGUGUUGUGAAAAGUGUUCCAUUCCCUCCUAGUCAUAAACUUACUAUAGCAGAAGUUUUUGACCCAAAGACCUCAAAACCUCGCACAGAUGUAUUAAAACAGCAUUUUGUAUUAGAAGGCCGUAUAGAGGAAGCUGCAGCGCUCAAAAUUAUCAAUGAAGGAGCAGCACUUUUACGGCAAGAAAAAACUAUGAUAGAUAUUGAAGCUCCUGUUACAGUAUGUGGUGAUAUCCAUGGGCAGUUCUUUGACUUAAUGAAAUUAUUUGAAGUUGGUGGCUCACCAUCUUCAACAAAAUACCUUUUCCUUGGAGAUUAUGUAGAUAGAGGUUAUUUCAGCAUUGAGUGUGUUUUAUAUCUAUGGUCCUUAAAGAUCUGCUAUCCAACUACUUUAUUUCUACUACGAGGAAAUCAUGAAUGCAGACAUUUAACAGAAUACUUUACCUUCAAAACAGAAUGUAAAAUAAAAUAUUCCGAAAGAGUCUACGAUGCAUGCAUGGAAGCAUUUGAUUGUUUACCACUUGCUGCUCUUAUGAAUCAACAAUUUCUUUGUGUUCAUGGUGGAUUAUCUCCUGAAAUUCAUACUUUAGAGGAUAUAAAAAAGUUGGAUCGCUUUAAAGAACCUCCAGCAUUUGGUCCUAUGUGUGAUCUCCUUUGGUCUGAUCCUUUAGAGGAUUUUGGUAAUGAAAAAACUACAGAACAUUUCAGUCAUAAUAGUGUUAGAGGUUGCUCAUACUUUUACAGCUAUGCAGCUUGUUGUGAGUUUCUGCAACAAAACAAUUUACUCUCAAUCAUAAGGGCCCAUGAAGCACAAGAUGCAGGGUAUCGCAUGUAUAGGAAAAGUCAGACAACUGGUUUCCCAUCUCUUAUAACAAUAUUUUCUGCACCAAAUUAUUUAGAUGUUUACAAUAAUAAAGCUGCUGUACUCAAGUAUGAAAAUAAUGUUAUGAAUAUACGGCAGUUUAAUUGUUCUCCUCAUCCUUAUUGGUUGCCAAAUUUUAUGGAUGUUUUCACUUGGUCUCUUCCUUUUGUUGGGGAAAAAGUAACGGAAAUGCUAGUCAAUGUUUUGAAUAUAUGUUCUGAUGAUGAGUUAAUGUCUGAGGGUGAGGAGUCAUUUGAGGGUGAAGGUAAGGAAGAAGCGGCCGCCUCAGCAACUGCCAGAAAAGAAGUUAUUCGUAAUAAAAUUAGAGCUAUAGGAAAAAUGGCACGUGUUUUCUCAGUAUUGAGAGAAGAAAGUGAGAGUGUCUUGCAGCUUAAAGGACUUACUCCUACUGGUCAGUUACCGAUAGGUACUCUUCAAGGAGGGAAGACUUCUAUAAAAAAUGCUCUUGCUGGUUUUUCACCUCAUCACAAAAUAACAAGUUUUGAAGAAGCUAAGGGUCUGGAUAAGAUCAACGAAAGGAUGCCGCCACGUAAAGAUGGACCCCCGACUCCUCAGGGAUCUGGAGAAGAAAGCAGUGCUCGUGGCAGUUUGCCACAUGGUGUGAAUAGCUCAUGAGGAUUGCCAUUAUUUCGCCUUCGAGCCCUGGUUUCAUGUUACCAAGACCUAGGGUUCGAUUGCGCUUGGGGAUGGAUGCCACAUCUACGGCUAUUUGGAGAGCACUUACCAUAUUUGGAGCGUUGCUUAGCUGUGGGACUCUAGCAAGUGGUCUGUCCCCAUAAACUCUACAAUUACCAUAUUCUUCGCUUCGGGUGUCUUAUACACAUGCAGGGCAUCCUGGUGAGCUGUUGAGGUGUUCAUUUUAUAAAAAGGUGUGAAAUUUGAGUGCUGCUUUCAAUUUUUUUUAAACCUUCUUGUUUAGUUUUUAUAGUCAAAAAGUUUCAAGUGAGUAUUUUUGCUUGCCUUGUAAUAAACUAGUAUUUUAUUUCAUUAAUACUAGAUGUAAAGGGAAAUUUAAUAGUGUUAUGUAUGCCUCAUGAAAUCUCAUUUUCAUAUAUUUUAAUCUACUAUACAUAUAUUUUUGUAUUAUAUGUUAGCAAGUAUAAUUGUUAUGUAAUUUAUCCUAUUUUUGUACAUUUUAUGACUUAUCACAUGUAUUCCAUAUAUUGUCAUAUCCUUAAAGUGUUAUGUUUGCCCACUAUGUAUAGGAAUUAGGACUUAAAGCAUUAAUGUGCUACCACCUCACCUCCUCACCAGGUUAUGCUCCAGUGUCCCCACAGCAUGGCUCUAUAGUUAUUACUCUUUUACACACUUUUAAAGCUAUGUCAUUUGUUAAUGGUUUGGUGAGAAUAAUUGAGAGAUCAGAAUUUUUGUCUUUCAGCAUCCAUAAAAGCCUUCCUGUUAUUAAAAAAUAUUAUAAUUAUUUUUAAUAUAAAUGCAAUAUCUCCCAUUAUUCAUUAUUAAAAAGAGAGUUUAAUAUCAGCUAAGUUCACACAAUCUGUAAAUGUUUGAAAGUCCAGAAAAGUUAUUCACUUUCAUGUAUAUCUUGAGCAAGUUGCCUGAUAAUUUGUUAAAUAUUGUAAUAUUUUUUAUUUUCUGGAAUUUUGAACUUUUAUUGUAAAAAGUCAUUCAAAUUCAUACUUUAUAAAUAAAAAAGGUUCUUAUUAAUAUCAUUAUUAUUUUAGCCAAAAUAUAAAGUUGUGUAAUUUAUAUAUCAAUGAGAACAAACUUGAAUUAAUUCAUUAUGAGAAAUAUUGAAAUGAAAUGUAUAUUUAUAGGUGAAAAAAGAAAGUUAUAGCAAUUUGUUAUAAAUUUUUCACAAUACUUUGUCAUGUAUUAAUUUAAUGCAUGACUUAUGUUUUGGAAGUGUGCUGGUAUUACUAAUUUCUGGUGUUUUAGGGCUUUUAUGGAUACAUUUUAAGAGAAAAACAGUAAUUGAUUACAAGCAUAUCUGAAAUUUCUUCACCAUGUGCAUAUGUGAUCAAUUUGCCAUUAUGCUUGCAUGUCAAGAUAUGUCUUCAGUCACGGAUUGUUAAAAAUGGUUUUCAUGCACUUAUGCCAAACAAAUCCUUUGGGCAUAUGUUAAUCUACUGAUGUGAAAGCGAGAUUUUGACCAUUUGUAAUUCUUCUGACAUAAUAUUGUACAGAAUGUUAACCUUGGCUUGGGCCUUAUAACUCUUGUUAGUUUUUUUGAUCCUAAAAAUAUCCUAGAUUUUGAUGUUGUGGUUACAGGGAGGCCAGCAUAAUUAUAUUUAGGGUUACAUUAAAACCUGCCUCUGUUGUCUGCCUUUUCAAAGACCCCUAAAGAUUAAUUGUUGUACUUAUGAAAAAGAUAAUCAUUAGCGUUAAUUUGACUGAUUUAUCAUCUCAUCUUUAGAAUUUAAAUUGUUUUUAAUCUGUUUGUAUUAUUUGCCUCCCCCCACCCCAAAAAAAGUUAAAAAAGGAUAGAAGUAAAGGUUUAUGUACUAAAAAGAAUAGCAUAAAACUUUAUGCAAACUUGAAACAACUCUGGAUACUUUUCCAUGCUAUUCAUAAUUAAAUAUAUAAGAAUACAUAGUUGAAUAUUAAAAAAAUUGCAAUAACUAUUAUAGGAUUUUAAAUGUAUUUGCAAUAAAAACUUAAAUUUUGGGCAUAAAAUAUUAGCUGUAUUUAUUAUAAAAUGAGCAUUAUACAAAACUAAUAUUUUUUAAUACAAAUAAUUACAUUUACAAGAUUGUAGAUAAUAUCCAUUUUUUAUUUUAAUCAUAAGAUGGCAGAAUUCAAAUGGAAUUAACUGCAUUAAAUUAUAUAUUUUAUGAUCAGGAUUUAUAUAAUUAUUUUUGAUAAAUUUAUCUGAUUUACUUUGAAUUUAAUAUUUUAAUUUUUCAGUAAUUCUUUGACUGCUAUUUGUGUGUAAGAUAAUACCAAGUAUUGGCAUUUAUAGUAAAAUGAAUUAAAUAUAAAUUAUAGUAGAAAUAUCAGAGGCAGUUUGUUGGGAUAUGGCUUUGCAUAUCGCAAUCUAGUCAGUAGCCCAUUGGUAAACUCCCUGUGCCAUUCCUUUUAAUCUGAGGUUCACUUAAACCUCAGAUGUGCACUUUCUAUGUUGGUCUGCGUGUGUGUGUCUCUGCGUGUGUGUGAGCUUCCAUACACCUCUUCCCUCAUUAGCAUGUCAAUAGCAAGCUCUCUGUUUUUAAGAAUGCUGAGAAAAACAGUCUUGCAAAUAGGAAAAAGAUAAUUUUUUCCCCUCUAAAUAGAGUUCUUUUCAUCAAGAUUUUUCAUGUUAAUUUGUUUAUCCUACCAUUUUAACAUCAGCUUUUAUCUUAAGUUGUGGCUUUGCUUUUGUUUGAAAUACAUUUAAAAAUAUUAGGCAUUUAGUGGAUGCUUUUCACAAUCCUCUCUUUAGGAAAAUUACUGCUUCUGUGUUUAUGAUCUGUUUUUAGAACUUGCUGCUUUUUAAAUUUCAGUUAGAUUAAAAGUUAAAUUUAUCAGGGAAGGGUUUUAAAAUGCUAAGAAUAGCAAUAUGAGUUUUCAAAUGAUAAUCCUAUUUGCAAGUAUCCUUGUUCACAGUUAAGUAUUACUUUCCCAGCUGUAUAUAUAUAUAUA